GAAGGCGGAGCCUCCGCCGCGGCCGGGCGGCGGCGCCGCAGCGAGCGGGACGGGCGGCGGCGGGGAGUCGGGGGAGAAGGGGAGGGAGGCAGGCGCCGGCUCACCCGCCUCUCGCUCGCUCCGCCGGCCGCGGGCUCAGCGCGCUGCGGGCGCAGCCGAGCCGCCGCCGAAGGCGAUGGGGAGGUGGCGCUGAGCGGGCCGCCCCUCCGCGGCGGUGUCGGCGGCCGGGGGCAGCGGCGCCGCGGGCAGGCGAUGCCCCGCACUCCUCUGACCGCGCUGCCCUCCUUUCUCCUCCUCCUGCUCCCGGCUUUGAAGCUUUUGUUUUCCCCGGCCGCUGCGAUGGCAGGAAACUUCCCGGAGGGAUGGGCUCCGGCCGGGCUCGUGCUGCGCUGGGCUCCGCGGGGCACCGGCCGCGCGCUGAGAGUAUUUGGAAAGGAAGUAGUUUGCUGAACAAAGCAGCACAAGAUGACUUGCGAGUCCUUAUUCUUUUCAUGGGAGCCUGCCUGGAUUGUGCCUGCAGAAUGCUGCAGCUGCUUUCACUCUUCAGUGUUCCUGGCUUGUGGAGUCAAAAGCCUCUGUGUGGAACUUUGGGUGAGAUUUUGAUGUUCAUUGGUAAAGUUCCCGCUCAUCUAUCCUGGAAGGCUCUGAUGGAAAUACUGACAUGAAUUUAGGAGCUUUGAUGCUUUCAGACACUGAAUUUUGAUUUGGUAAAUGACCGCAAAUAAGAUACUGCCCGAACAAGCUGAAAUGACUUGAAGACCUUUGGUUCUGCAUUCAUUCCUUCUGAAGCAAUGGUUUUCUCAGCAAUGUUGACACUGGCCCAUUCUGGGACCUCAAAUGCUACUUUUAUUGUUUAUGAAAAUGCCUAUACGAAUUUUACCACUCCCCAGUUUUUGCUUCGUAGUGGCACAACACAGCCAUUGAGAUACAGUUCAGGUGCUGUGCUCACCACUGAGAGAAGUACUUUUCUGGUAAACACUACAGCUAUCCUGCCAUCACAAGAAGUUUUCAGGAGCUUGAGUUUGCCACUCCAGAUCAUUCUUUCUGCUGCUAUGAUAUUUAUCCUAUUGGUUUCUUUCCUUGGAAACUUUGUUGUCUGCCUCAUGGUCUACCAGAAGGCUGCUAUGCGAUCUGCAAUUAACAUUCUCUUAGCAAGCCUGGCUUUUGCAGACAUGCUGCUGGCAGUGCUGAACAUGCCUUUUGCUCUGAUAACAAUCAUUACCACUCAGUGGAUUUUCGGGGAUAUAUUCUGCAGAGUGUCUGCCAUGUUUUUCUGGCUUUUCGUCAUAGAAGGGGUAGCAAUUCUUCUUAUUAUUAGCAUUGACCGAUUUCUUAUCAUAGUUCAGAGGCAAGAUAAACUGAACCCUUACCGUGCAAAGUUUCUUAUUGUGAUUUCCUGGGCAGCGUCCUUUCUUGUUGCUUUUCCGCUUUCAGUAGGGAAUCCUAAUCUGCAGAUACCCUCGAGAGCACCUCAGUGUGUUUUUGGCUACUCUACAAGCCCAGGCUACAGGGCCUAUGUGAUACUUAUCUUGCUAAUUUCUUUUUUUAUUCCAUUCCUGGUAAUGCUGUAUUCUUUUAUGGGCAUACUCAACACCGUCCGCCACAACGCAGUUCGUAUCCAUAGCCACCCUGAUAGCAUAUGCCUCAGCCAGGCCAGCAAACUUGGUCUCAUGAGCUUACAGAGACCUUUUCAGAUGAAUAUUGAUAUGAGCUUUAAAACUCGUGCCUUCACAACCAUCUUGAUUUUGUUCCUUGUCUUCAUAGUCUGUUGGGCACCCUUCACCACUUACAGCCUUAUUGCCACAUUCAACAGCCACUUCUACUACAAGCACAACUUUUUUGAGAUAAGCACUUGGCUCCUUUGGCUCUGCUACCUCAAGUCUGCACUGAACCCACUGAUUUACUACUGGAGGAUUAAGAAGUUUCAUGAUGCAUGCUUAGACUUAAUGCCCAAAUACUUCAAAUUUUUGCCACAGCUACCUGGCCAUACAAGGAGGCGCAUUCGACCCAGUGCCAUCUAUGUGUGUGGGGAGCAUCGGUCGGUAGUGUAAAGCUGCAGUUGUUUGACAUGAUGAUUAUUUUCUGGGAUUAUUUGUUUUUAAGCUUUGGUUGAUUUUUUUGUUUUCUUUAAUAUGGCUUGAGUGUGGCCAUACAACUUGAUUAAAUUUUCCAAUGCUCUGUGCAAUUUGGGGAGGAGAGAGAGACAGAGGGGAAGUGAUUGAUUAUAGUUGGUUUUACUACCAGAUUACAAUGUAAACAAAAUAACAAAAGUUACCUCUAGGAUUCCAUGGAAAUCCAUUCUUUUAAACAAAAAUUACAUUUGUAACACUUUGUCAGGUUUAUGCUUACUAGGCCUGCAAUUGCAUCUAAUUGUGGGGUUUUUUUAUGCUGCUAAGAUACAGUGUAUGUAGUUGAUGUAAUUUUUCUGAAAAAUGUUGCUGCUGUUUGGCAAUGUAUUAGAGCCAAAAAGUCUCGUUAGAUAACCUCUACUUAAUUUUAACAAUGUUUCAGAAGUUUUGAUGGUGACACUAGAAAACUUUUCUUUUUUAAUAUUUCCAUUAAUAUUUUUGUGCACUUUACAAAAUUUGCUACAGAAUUUGUUCAUUGGAAUAUUUUCUUCUGUAUCAAAGGGGUAUUAUGAUCAUUGUUCAUUAUAUUGGCAAGUUUUAAUAAAAAAUCCAUUUAAGCUCUAGGAGGGCAAUUUAUUUUGGUAUAUUUACACUUACAGCCACAGACUUGCUGUUUUUUCUGAUCAACAAUAACUUUAACUGCUUAAUUAUUAGGGGAGUUGGAAAGAGAAUAUGGAGGAAUGAAAGGGAAUGAAUUUACCAUGUCUCGAGGGUUAGGCUAACACAAAUUCUAGAAAAAGAGAGUUCACAUGAAAAUUGGCAUAGGAGGAAAGGGUGGAUAUAAAUGUUAUUUUUGGUUGUAAAAAAACUAUCCAUAUCUAGUGAUAUUCCUGAAAGUGUAUUGGAAAUUGUGACUUUGGGCCUACAAUUUACAUUAUGUUGGUAUAAUGCUGUUUCUACUUGGAGCUCACAUUAGGUGAGGUUGCUCUAUACUGUUGAAAUUGUGCUAUCAGAUAUUUGUCAGAAUAGAUUUAGGGAUAGUAGGGCAAACCAGCAAACAAACAGAACAUGGACCAUAAUUGAGUCUUAGGUCCUAGUCUGCAUGCAAGGACUGAAAAAAAAAAAAAAAAAAAAAAGAAAGAAAGAAAGAACCCCCCCGCCCCCGACUUUAGUUAUUUUCCAGUUUAACUGUCCAACUGAAACCAUAAACUGGCAAUAAUGAAUAACAGCUGGCCAGCAGUUUGCUACGGAUGGAGUUAAGUUAAACUCCCUUUUUCCCUCUGGUAAUUACUUUACACUGAUUUUUUUUAAUCUUUUUUUUUUUUCAUUACUCCUUUCCCCUUGUAGUGCCUGCUGCCUCAAGGGUUUGCUCUGCUGUUGUCAUGUAUUAAAGAUCAGCAGCUCUUCCUGAACCACCUCUCUGACUAAUGUCAGGCUGUCUUGGUACCUGCCUCGAAAGUCAAAGGUUUCCCUUGAUGAUAGCAAUCCAGAUUCCUAAAUAAAUAUAUAAUGAAAAGUGAGUAAAAUUAAAACUUUGGGUUCAGGCUUUGAAGUGAGAUCCUUAGUUGCUCUGAGGCUAGGGAAGGAUGCCUGCAGAACUCGUGCAUCUUUGCAGUGGGCCUUUCAGGGAGGUGUGUAAUUGAGACGAGGAAGAAUAAUGUACAUCCGGUUUAUCCAGGGCGAGGGUUCAGGCUUCUCUUGGCUCCGGCUCUUUUCAGCACUCCAAAGCACAGGGACCUCUUCUUUGUUCUUGUCCCUGAGGAGCAAAUGUCUACAACAAGCUGCAUAAGGGUUGAACUGAGUGUAUGAAGGAAAUGGUCUGUACUGUGUGGAUGUCCAGGGGCUGCUUGCUUUCUGGGGUCAACUAAGCAUUUACAGCACAGAUUUUAUUUAGGUCGCGAAGAACUAAUUUAACAGUAGUCUCUGUUCCUCGUUUUGACAGUUUUUGGUAAAAAUGCUGGUUAUAUUUAAAUUCCAGGAAUAUAAAAGGAAAAUUUUUUGAUUUGCUUCAUUAAAAAAAGAAAAAGCUUGUUAAUACACUGCUAGUCAAGGUUGUGGAUUCACUGUAAAGGUACCCAGGAGGCUAUGAUGAUAUUGAUGUCUGUGCUUUACAUUCCUUGUCAACUCCACUGGUGACAGUAUGGGUUUUUUGAUCAGAAUGACAGGCGGUAAAGGAGUUCUGCUGUAAAAGAGUGUUUGAACGUGUCUUUGCAAUGGAGCUUUUAUUUUUCAAUUACAUUUACAUGGAUAGCAGAAGUUUAUGACGUGGGUGAUACGGAUUUUCGGUUUCAGAGCUGUCAUUCUCUUUUAUUUAUCUUUAUUAUUUAAAGCAGCAAAAUUGUGCUUUAAACUAAUGUAAUACAAUGGGAGUAUACACGGUCUAUGCUGGCAGGAGCAGGUAUUCUUGCUGUCUUCCAGAGCUAUAAUAUUAGAGGUUUGAAUCAACGUCAUAAAAUGUAGUGAUUCAAGAAGGAAACAUGAUGAGUAAUGUAGUAAAGUUAGUGAAAUGACUUUCUUGAAUAGCAAGGGGAAAUGUUUUGGGGGGAUUUCAUAAUCUCUGGUUUGGACUUGCUGUUAAGUAGAAAUUGCAAGUGUCAAGGUUGAUUUGUCUGGAUAACUUAGUGUUUACCCCUACUGUAGCAGGGUUUCUGCUCAGAGCUGGGUCAGUUGAGGCUCAGACAAAAGAUACCCUGUAUGGCCCAAAUCCAAAAGCAACUUAAACGAUGGUACAGUAUUCACACUUACCAGGUUUUACAGAUGAUCAGAGCAUACAGUGAAUAAAAGAGUGUUCAGAAAAGGAAAAAAGGUAGCAUAGAAGUAAUCCAGGUUAGUUAUGUGUAUACAGAACUAUCUGGCCUAUCGUGUCUAGUAUACUGUCUUGAGAGCAGUGCCUUUAUAAUUACAGCUGAAGUCCUAGGAUCAAAUAAAAGACCAUUAAACUGCUUCGUCUUGCUCUCUGUGAUCCUGCCAAGAUAAGCAUAAGCUUGCCUACAUCUGUAAUGUUACAAGACAUAUGUGUUUGCAGGAUUAGGGCUAUAAUGGCAUUUUAACGGUCUUGACAAGUCAGGAUUUAAAAAAUGGAGAUUGACUUGAUUCUUCUUGAUUCUACUGGGGAAUUAUAAUCUUCCUCUCCAGAAAUGAUAUAUGUUACUAACCUGUAUUCCCUUGCAUUAGAUCAUCAGAAGUUUUUGGUAUGGAGUAUUGAAAUGAAUGUAUUUUUCCAUUAUUUUGCAGUUUAACUUGUUCUGUCAAAGCAUGCUGCUUUCACAACUUUCAUUUGUACAAACCUAUUGUUAAAAUAGUUCUUUUGUACUCAAGGUUGUGUAUUUUUGACAUUUUUUGUUACUUAUGUAAAAAUAUUUAUGUAUAUAGGGAAGAGAAUUGUUUUGCUUCUUACUGCUUUAUGUUGAUUAUUUUUUCACUUGUAUGCCUGAUGCUUUUGUAUUUUCUCUUAUUUGGGCAUAUGCAUAAACAACUGCCAGACUUCA